GACCUGCAUGUCAGCUAAGGCUAUGGAUCAUGAUCGCCAGAAACGAAGAGAGGAAAUUCAGAAAGCCAUGAGCUUUAUCCAGUCAUCAUUGCCUUUCCCAGAGCCAGAGAGUUAUGAGGCAUUUCUGACCCAGUUGGUGUGUAACUUACUGGAUGAGGGCAAUUCUUGCUUUAGAGAUGGAGACUGUCGUCAGGCGACCCAGCAGUAUGGGGAGGGAAUCAGCGUUGCCCGCUACGCUCAGGCUGAGGCCCUCGUCAUCCCCCACGAGCUGCUCGAGAGCCUAUAUGUCAACCGGGCCGCUGCCUGCUACCAGACGAGGGAGUACGAGCGCGGUGUUCAGGACUGUGACAGUGCACUGUGUGUGUCAGAAGGCAGUUGCAGAGCUUUGUACCGCAAAGCGAUCUGCCUGAGAGAGUUGGGACGACUCCGGGAGGCCUACGAGUGUGGAACCAAAUGUCUCCUCACUGCACCACACGACAGGCAGGUGAGUGACCUAGCUCAGGAUCUGGCCAAUAAACUAGGCCUGAAGGGCCGUAAGGCUUAUGUCAGCCCACAGACGGAGUCCACAGCCACAGAAGGGGAGAGUCAUGGGGAGACUUCCCCACCCACAGGAGAGAUGUCCUCCAAUGGGCUGGAAUCCCUGGGGGACAUGGGACAAGCUGACGUGUCCAAUGCGCAGUGCAUCCCUGCUCCUUUGGCCACACCCAUUCCGGUCAGUGAUGACCCGGCGACGCCUGUGACUCCAUGCACCGACUUGUCAGAGAGCCCCAGCAGCCAGGGCCUGCCUCCCAUGCCAUACUCCGUCCCUGUGUCGGAGCACAUGGAUGAAUGCAACAGCGUCCUCAAGGAUGAGUUAGACAGUCUGCUGGAGUGCAUUCCCAAGAAAGUGAGUGAGAGUCCAGUCCAGGGUGCUAUCCCCACCAACCUCCCCAACACGGCGGUGGGUCUUCGGCCUCCAUACUCCGCGAACCUUCCAGCCCCGUCAUCCCAGCUUCACCCAGCCUUCUUCGGCUCCUCCAUCAGUGACAUGCCCGCUUUGGAGCCCUACUCGCCGCUGGCCCAGCGGGACCAGGGCUCCACCCAGGCGCAGGACGCCCUGGGAGGCUUCCCCACAGGGGUCACGGAUGGAGAAGGAAAGGCAGGAGUCGCCACUGGCGGGCUGGACUCAUUGUCUGAGUACACUCUCCCUGGGGGACGAGUGUGCCACAGCUUCAUCCCUGGAAUGCGCAACCACAGUGCUGCACAUGCAAAUGGUCCAGCAGGAACCAACCUGUCUCUGCUCUCCAGGAAUCCUUUGGCAGCCACACAUGAGUUUCGGCAGGCCUGUCAUGCCUGUUACAGCCGAAUAGGCCCGCGAGUGAUGGACUACAAGUAUCAGCCGGAGGCAGCACACCGCUGCAAAAGGGAUGUGCUGCUGUGCCGCCUCAAAAACACAGAUGACCCCACUUGGAAGAGGAUCCGGCCACGGCCUGCACGGAACAACUUUCUGGGGGCGUUUGUACUAUGUAAAGAGGUGCAGGAGCGUCAGGAGUGCCAGUAUGGGGAGAACUGUACGUUUGCUUACUGCCAGGAGGAGAUUGACGUGUGGACCCAGGAGAGGAAGGGCGCACUGAGCCGAGAGCUGCUGUUCGAUCCGCUGGGCAGCACAGAGAGACGGGCUCUCAGCGUCACCAGACUGCUGCAGCUCCACAUGGGCAUGUUCAUGUUCCUCUGUGAGGAAUGUUUUGACAGCAAGCCUCGCAUCAUUAGCAAGCGCAGCAAAGAAAACUUAGCAGUCUGCUCAAACCUCACAGCUCGACACCCGUUUGACGACAACAAGUGCCUGGUGCAUGUGGUGAGGUCAGCCAACGUGCGCUACAGUAAGGUGCGUCCCCUGCACCCUCUCUGCCAGUUUGACGUGUGUCGCCACGAGGUUCGCUACGGCUGCCAGCGGGAGGACAGCUGCUCCUUUGCUCACUCCGUCAUAGAGCUCAAAUGCUGGGUCCUGCAGCAGGAUACUGGUAUCACCCACGAAGAGAUGGUGCAGGAGUCCAAGAGGCACUGGCAAAGGCUGGAGCAGAACGCACAGAAGCAGCAGAAGCCCUGGUGGGUGGGUGGAUUGGGGGUGGGAGGGUUAGGAGCGGGGGUGGGAAGAGGGCGUCCCCUCAACCUGAAAAUGAAGUUUGUGUGCGGCCAGUGUUGGAGAGAAGGACAGGUCAACGAGCCCGACAAGAACCUCAAGUACUGCACUGCCAAAGCACGGCAUAGCUGGACGAAGGAGCGUCGAGUCCUGCUAGUGAAAUCAUUUGAGAAGAAGAAGUGGGUAGUUGUUCGGCCUCUCCCCUUCUCCCGCACAUAUCCACAGCAAUAUGACAUGUGUGUGCAUGUGAUGAAGCAGAAGAAGUGCCACUAUAUUGGGAACUGCUCAUUUGCUCACAGUCUGGAGGAGAGGGAUGUUUGGACGUACAUGAAGAACAACAGCUUGAGAGACAUGCAACAGAUGUAUGAACUGUGGCUGCAGCUGACCAAUCAGAGUAGACGUACGGAUAGCUCUACUGUGACCCCGCCCCCAGAGGACAAGCAGGUCACCAUAACAGCAGAUUACACAGAAAGCAUGGGAGGCCGGCGGUUGUCAGAUGGAGAUAAUCUCUGAGUGUUGCUGUGGUGACUAGAGGCAGCUGAUCGCCGCUGAGCUGCAGACAGAGACAGAGAGACAGGCCUGCCACACCAGCUACAACUAAACAGUGUGUCAUUUCGCCAGUCUGACCUCCUCUAACAUCUUUCCAGCCGUGUGAGAGCAGUAGGACACCCAGCCCCGUAUAUAUUUAUACACACACACACAAACAUUUCAACACAGCACAUGAUACACAAAUCACAGGCACCGCUUAACACGAAGAGAGAGCUUUGUAAGUGAAAAUACAGGACUGGGCACCUGUGUUACCUGCAGUUACACUCUUUAGCAGAUUAUACCGCAGAAAUUCCACAGACAACUAGUUUUGCUCUGACUAAAAUGAUCAACUAGUAUUCCCUAGUGCUCUUUGGACUGUAUAUCCGUGUUCACCAGGCACCACUUUUGUUUGUUUGUUUUCUUUGUUAGAAACCACAACCACUGAAACAAUUCUUGGGUGGGCGCGCUGGUCGCAGCUCUUUAAUUUAGCUUGGUGAAAAUUUAAAACUGAAUUAAAGCCUGGUACUCCUACGCUUAAAGUUGUAAUUUUAACUUUGGAGUGUCAAGUCCACAGUGCUGUUGAUGGCAAUGGAGACUAAAGAAAGUAUUGUUUAAAAAAACAAAAAAAAGAGGUUCUUGGUGGACACUCUUCGUUAAGCUGCGUGACAACCAAAUUCUACUCUCCUUUCCAUGGGAAUAUUUCGAGAGGGUCAAAAUAACUUUCUGGAGAUUAAUAAUUUGUAGCGCAUUUUUUUUUU